AUGACAAACGUGAGUGUUAACCAAUUACUUCAAUGGCAUAUACCAUUAGAUAUUGCCGAUCUAUAUGGAGCAUUUCUAUCAAACAAUCUAUAUAAUGAUCAUAGAAACUUUUUCAUCUGUAACUGUUCAUCAGUCAGCGUAUUUGGACGUUAUUGUGAAUAUGAAUUUGAAGAAGGAAUAUAUACAAUAGAAAAUCUUAUUAAUUCUAGUAUUAAUGAAAAGAAAACAUAUUAUCCUAAAGAACGAUUACUACCUUGUUAUGAUCUUGAAAUUGAAAAUAAUGAACGAUGUUUAGAUUAUCGAGAUAUAUGUGAUGGAGAAUUCGAUACAAUUAAUGGUCAUGAUGAACUUUAUUGUGAUCAAAUUGAGACAAAUAUAUGUGAAUCUAAUGAAUUUCGAUGUCGUAAUGGUUUUUGUAUUGAUCGUCAAUUUCUUUUUGAUGAUCAAGGUGAUUGUACUGAUUUAAGUGAUGAACAAAAUUUACUUAUACAUAAAAAGUAUCAUAAUUUCCAAACAUGUUAUGAACAAGCAAGUUUUGAUUGUGAUGAACAUUGGUGUGGACGUGAUAUGAUUUCAUGUGGAGAUGGAGAAUGUGUUCCAUGGUAUCAGAGAUUCUGGAAUGGAUUUGAUUGUCAUAAUUAUUAUACACAUGUAUAUAAUUGUGAGUUAGAACUAGUGAAUAGUAUAAGUGUUGAUUUUAGUAUUACUGGAAAUAAUGGUCGUUGUACAACAGAUAUUCGUGAAUUAACUGAAAUCGAUGAUAAAUGUGUGUUAAUGAUUAAAUGUUUUGCUACUUUACAUCCAACUUGUAAAUCACUUGAAAUGCUUUUUAAUCGAAGUAAAUAUGCAGCUGCACAUGCACAUUAUCUAUGUCAAAAUCAUACUUUAAUUAAAUAUGCAUCAGGAAUUGCAUUCUUAUCACCAUUUAUUCGUGCUUAUCAUGUACCACUUCAAUUUCAAAUAACCGGGGAACUUGAUUUUUUUGCAAAGAUGAAAAUGAAACAACCUGGUCUGUUCUGUUUGACAGGUGAAUAUACUUGUCGAGGUAUUAAAGUUACACACAAUGGUUCGACAUGUUUUAAAUAUGAUGAUAUAUUUGAAAAAAGUUAUCCAUUUCCUCCAUACGAAUAUUUAUUUUGUCAAACAAUAAAUGAUUCUAUAGAUUAUUGUACAAAUACGACAUUUUUUUAUCUUUGUCGAACAUCAGGUGAAUGUAUAUCAAAAUAUCGUUUAUUUGAUGGAUUUAUUGAUUGUUUGGAUGCAUCCGAUGAAAAUGAUUUAGAAGCUCUUGAUUCAUUAGAACCAUUCUUUAUGAAAGAUCGAUAUAAUUGUACUCAAAAUGGUGACAAAUCUACUGCAGUAAUGCGUCAUUUUCUCGGUGAUGGAAUCAAUCAGUGUAUGAAUGGUGCUGAUGAAAUGAGUCUUUCAAUUAAUUGGCAACAACAACAGUGUUUCAAAUCAAGUGAUUCAGCGUGUAUUCUUUUUCGAGAUUUAUAUAAUGCUAAUAAAGAAGAUCAACCGAUUCAUGUCUUACGAUUUAAUAGUCUAUGUGAUUCAAUAUGGGAUUUACGAAAUGGAUCUGAUGAAACCGAUUGUAAUGAAUGGAUUUGUGAGCCAGGUUAUACUAAACAACAAACAAAUCUUAAUCAAUGGAGUGGUAAUUGUAUUAAUCCUGCAUGGCAAUGUAAUGGAAUAUGGGAUUAUACUGAUGGAAGUGAUGAAUUUAAUUGUAAUCGUUCCGAACAAUAUCCAAUACCUAAUUGUUUAUUAUUGAAAACAGGUAAAAUUAUUUUAUUAAACGAAAGUAAUAUGAUUGCUGGUAAUGGUCAUGUUGAUUGUUCGGGAGGUAUUGAUGAACGUGUAACAUAUGCAUGUAAUGAUGGAUUUCCAUUAAAUGAACGUUUUCUUUGUAAUGAUAAAAUAACAUGUUUAAACCCAAUGUAUUUAUGUAACCAUGUUAACGAUUGUGCAGAUGGUGAAGAUGAAAAUGAAUUUUGGUGCGGAUCAAGACCAUCGUUUAAUUCAAGUUUUUGUAAACCAAAAACAUUUGCUUGUCAAGAACGAGAUGAUUUUGGUCCCUGUAUACCACAUGAAGAUCGAUGUCGUCAUGACCACGCAUCCUGUGGAGUAUCUCAUAAAGAUAAACAUAUGUGUGUACGUCCACGUAAAUAUAAUCAUAAGACAUUUGAACAACGUUUCUUUCCAUUACCAGAAAUGAAUCAGACACAAUUGAAUCGUACACCGGCAUGGUUUUGUGAUCGUGGUUUACUUGUACGUCGUUAUGAUAAACUUGCAUGUCUUUGUCCUCCAAGUUUCUUUGGUCAUCGAUGUGAAAAACAUAGUCAUCGUUUAACAGUUAUAUUUACUUUACAAAUAGGAAUUAUCAAAACUGAUCUUAUUCGAAUAAUUGUAUUGUUAAUAAAUCAAAAUGAAACAAUUGAUCAUAUAGUUUUAACACAACUACCAUCAUAUAUGGGUAAACAUCGUAUCUAUUUAAACUAUCCUCGCUCUCAGUAUUCUGAUUUACGACAAGCAACAUCUCAGUAUGCGGUACAAUUUCGUUUAUAUGCUAUCGAUAAUAGUACAAUAAGACGUUUAUUUGUUACACAAUAUCCUAUUAAACAUUCAUAUUUACCUGCCUUCCGUAUUGCUAUUGUUUUACGAUACAACGACGAUGAUUCAUAUUCUAAUCAAUUCAAUAAUCAUUAUAAACAAAAUUCAAGCAACUGUUCUUGUGCAUCUAAUAGUAAAUGUUUGAUACUUGCAAAUCAAUAUAUUACUUGUAUUUGUACAUCUCAACAAUAUGGUCCUACUUGUCAUUUACAAACUCCACGUUGUCCAAUAAACUUUUGUCAGAAUUACGGUACUUGUAUUUCCUAUACAAAUGACUUUUAUAAUCAUGAAUAUCGAUGUAUAUGUUCCAGUAAUCAUUUUGGUGAAUAUUGUCAGUAUGAAAAAGCUAAAUUAUUAUUAGAUUUACGAAAUGAAACAAUUUCAUCAUCAACAAUACGUAUCGUUCAAUUACUCAAUUAUGAUCUGUUGAAAAUGCAGCUUAAUAUUGAACGACAACAUUUAAUGUUAAAAAGUUCAGAAACUAUACUUCAUAAUGAUUUACAAUUACCCUCGAUUGGAUUAUUAAAAGAACAUGAACCAAUAUUUUCCAAUAUAUAUUUAUUAUAUUUAUCUCAUAAUUCUUCUGAAAAAAAUUUAACUCAACAAAAUAAAAUUAAAUGUAUACAUGCAAAAGAAUUUGAUUUAAUUCCAACGAAUUAUUCAUAUGAUGCUUUAUUAUUUGUUAUGAAACGUUAUCAUCGUCCUUGUCAACAAUUACAAGAGAAGAAGACCAAGACAAUAUGUUUCUAUGAUCCUCAUAUAUAUUUCUGUUUUUGUAAUGAAACAACACGACGAUCAUUAUGUUUCAUAUAUGAUUUUAAAUAUGAUCGUUGUAAUGAAUGUCUAAAUGAUGGUCAAUGUUAUGCAGGUGAACGAAAAACAAAUAAAAAAGAAUUCAUUUGUCGAUGUAAACCUUGUAUCUAUGGUGCAUUAUGUGAAUUUCGAAUGGAUCGAUUAAAAUACUCAUUUGAAUCCUUAUUAAUUCUAGAUGUAACUUCUACACAUAAUGAAAUCAAUUUUACGACUCAAUCUGGUCCGAAAUCUAUCACUUGGAUUUAUAUGAGUAUUUGUAUUAUAAUGACCAUAGUAGGUUUACUGAGUAAUACAUGUACUUAUUUAGCAUUGAAUCAACAAAAAAAUACCCGAUCAAUAAUUUCUCGUUAUAUUCAAAUGACAGCAAUUGUUAAUCAAUUAAUAUUAAUAUGUUUACUUAUACAAAUUAUUUAUAUUAUUCUUAAUCAAUAUAAUAUUUUGAGUAAUUCAUUUAUCAAUUUAUUUUUUUUUAAAUGGUUUACUGCUUUUUUAUCAAUUAGUCGUGCUCGUCUUACUAAUCAAAUACAUAUCUAUUCACGAAAACAAUACAUUUGGCUCUUGAUUAUUAUUAUUACGAUAUUAUCAUUGAAUGCAACUGAAGUUAUUUUUCAUCGUCUUAUUAAUGAUCCACGUAAACCAAACUAUUUUAUAUGUACUGUAGAGAUUCUCGAUCAUCAAUGGAAUAUAUUUGAAACAAUUUUUCGUAUUACUAAUCAUAUUAUACCUUUUCUUUUAAAUAUUUAUGCUGUAAUAACUAUUAUACGUACAGUUGCUCGUAGUAAAUCUAAUAUUCAUAAAACUAAUUUCGUUUCCGAAAUCUGGAAACAAAUUAAACAAUAUUAUGAACAAUUAGCAUGUCCAAUAUUAAUAAUUAUGUGUUCAGCACCGGAAUUACUUAUGAUAUUAAUUAUAAAAUGCCAUCAAUGGGACAAUACACCUAUUCGAACAUCAAUGAUAAUUAUGCAUUUUGUAUCAUUUGUACCACAAAUGCUUAGCUAUUAUCUUUUUAUACAACCAUCGACAGUUUAUAGAAAAGCUUUUAUUGAUAAUACACGUAUUGGACAGAUUCUAUAUAGUAUUAUUCAAUCAUCAUAA